AUGAACUCCUCUGUUAAUGGUUCCCUCGCCGUUCCUCUGAUAACAUCGGACUUGGUGUCUAGCCAUGUGUUAACUGCGUCAUCCACUGGCAGUUCACUCUUAACAGCGGAACCUACUGCGACAGCAAACUUGACAACGAGUGGCCUGUCUGCAGUCAGUUCCGUUGCCACAGCCACGAACAGUCCAACGUCCUCCGACACCACGACCGCUCCUGAUCCCCAACCUACUAAAACAAUCGAUCUGACCCUCCUUGAAGAAAUAUGGGUUCUUCAAUCGCGCCGACUGAGCUCUAUCGUAGGUGCCAUUGGUUCGCCAAAUAGUAUUCCCGCAUGGCUCUCUUCUCUUGAUUCACGAGGAAAAUGGCCAGACAACGAAGUAGAUUACACCACAGGAUGUGAGGCACGUCGUGCGAACUGGCCUGCGCAAGAACACUGGCAACGCAUUCUCAGAAUGGCGGGUGCCUGGCACGGCGGAGUCCUAGGAGGAGAUCAGUUUGUCAAAGACCCCAACUUGCGAGCCGCCAUAUCACGCGCCAUGGAUUAUUGGUUCGGUCGUGACUUCGCGAAUAAUCCAUCAUGCUUGGAUUCAGGUGGCACCACCGCUUGCCCUUGCGACAAUCCUGACAACAGUUUAUGGAAUACGAAUUGGUACUCCAACGUGAGCAUUUUAUAUCUUGCUGCACAGGCCAAGUCAUCGACCCCCGAGCAGAUCAUCCUCAUUCCGUCGCUCUUGGGUCAAGCAUGCCUGCUUCUGAAUGAGACACUUGCCCAAGGGCAACUCAGUAACUGCACUCGCAUGACGCUACGCUCUUACGGUGCCUUUGAUCGUUUCGUGAACGGCCUAGGUACUUUGACCGGAGCCAAUACGCUCGAUGUCGCACGAAUCGGAAUCGACCAGGCUCUCUUAAGUUACAACGUAUCACUCCUCACCGACGCCUAUCGCCGAGUGCACCUUGAGGUGCAGAUCAAGAAUGGCAUCAAGGUCGAUGGUGUCAGAGCUGACGGGUCAUUUGGCCAACAUGCCGGAAUCCUAUAUAAUGGGAAUUAUGGAAAGGACUACACCAAUGAAGUCCUGGACCUUGAAGGAGAGGCAGGCGGAACGAGAUUUGCAGCGAGAGCAGAGUCAAGAAACGCUUUAGCUACCUUAUUCGACGGCCAUAGGUGGAUGAUCUACCACAAUAUCCUUACGGGCCUUCUUCAUUGGGAUUUCUCAGCUCUUGGACGAUUCAUCAGUUUUCCUGUGAUCGAUGCUCAAGCAUCAGGAAGUAUAAAGAUAAAUCUCACACAGGUUUUGGUGUUGGGCGAGCAAUGGUCUUCCGGCACCUUAAUCGACUUUGCCAACGAUCUUUCCAUCGACACCACCAGCGCAAAUGCUGGGCAGUUGGAGGGUAAUCGCAUGUUCUAUACCAAUGAUUAUAUGGUUCAUCGAGGAAGAAAUUACGUCUCAACUUUGAAGAUGUAUUCAACGAGAACUCAGAGUACAGAAUGCGUCAAUUCUCAGAAUCCCAAAGGAUUCCAUCUUUCGGACGGCGUUCUCCACACAUACCUCCGAGGCAACGAGUAUGAAGACAUCGCAGCUGCGUGGGAUUGGAAUCUUAUCCCAGGAAUUACAGUCGACUAUAACUCGACGCCGCUGGUUUGCGCAACCACGCAGCAAACCGGAUUGGAAAGCUUCGUGGGCGGUGUUUCUGACGGCGAGAUUGGCAUCGGCGCAAUGAGAUACACCACUCCGCUCACAAAGACGCUUCAUUGGCAGAAGGCCUGGUUCUUCCUCGAGGACGAUGUCCAGCAUGUUAUGGUUUCAGCACUCGCCUCAACCACCAAUGCCUCCGUCUUUUCCGUGCUUGAUCAGCGACGUUACGCGGGUUCCUUGAUUGUGAACGGUGUAGCCAAGCAUGACCCCACGAUGAGAAAAGCUUCGAUCCAGACACUUUGGCACGGAGAUGUUGGCUAUCUCUUUGAUCAGUCGCUCAGCAUUUCCUUUGAAGUGGGCGAGAAGACAGGCGCAUGGUCGGCCAUUGGGACUUCCACACAACCUCCCGCCACCGUCGAUCUAUUUGCCGCCUGGAUAGAACACGACUCGGCUUUAUCGCCGAUAGCGUACACGGUAUUUCCUGGAGCAACGCACAGCGCGUUUGUCCAGAAGGCCAGUCGACCCAGCAUCCAGAACAUACGAAACGACACAAAUGUCUCUGCCAUCUACGACCAAGUGCAUAGAACCAUCAUGGUGGUUUUCUGGAACACGCAGGGAGGCUCAGCAACAGUCAUACCCGAUAUAACUUCAGCACCUAUCAGGGUGACAUCAAAUGGCAAUGUUGGUGUCAUAUACAGGGUUGCGUCAGGACAGGUCACAGUUGCAGACCCCUCACAAUCAUUGAUCUCUGUUCAGCUGUCUCUAGACCUUGGAGUAGGACGAAAACCUCCACAUUGGGGAGCUGGACGGAGCAAGACGUUGGUAUUUCAGUUCCCGUCAGGCGGUCUAGCAGGGAGUAGCGUUACUCAGAGAAUUGAUUAG